UAGAGCUGAGCAGAAAGGAUCCGGAGCCUUUUAGAGAGUCCGCUGUUGUCACGUGACAGACCCUCCCCCCCCCCCCCCCCCUCCCCGCAGCCGCCCUCAGGUGGCUGGGCCGCCUGGCGUCACUUCCGUCCAGGCCGGAACCCAAGAUGGCUGCGCUCUUGCUGAGACAUGUUGGCCGCCAUUGUCUCCGAGUUCACCUUAGUCCUCAGCUGUGUAUCAGAAAUGCUGUUCCCUUGGGAACCACAGCCAAAGAAGAGAUGGAGCGGUUCUGGAAUAAGAACACAAGUUCAAACCGUCCUUUAUCCCCCCAUAUCUCUAUCUACAGUUGGUCUCUUCCCAUGGCAAUGUCCAUUUGCCAUCGCGGCACUGGUAUUGCUGUGAGUGCAGGUGUCUCUCUUUUUGGCUUGUCGGCCCUGUUGCUCCCUGGGAACUUUGAGUCUUAUUUGGAAUUUGUGAAGUCCCUAUGUCUGGGGCCAGCACUGAUCCACACAGCUAAGUUUGCACUUGUCUUCCCUCUCAUGUUUCACACCUGGAAUGGGAUCCGACACUUGAUGUGGGACCUAGGAAAAGGCCUGAAGGUUCCCCAGCUAUACCAAUCUGGAGUGGCUGUCUUGGUUCUUACUGUUCUGUGCUCUGUAGGGCUGGCAGCCAUGUGAAGAGCUGAAGUUCCCAGCAUCAUCUUCCUACAAAUUACAACACUGACUUGUCUUCCUGUUUGUCACUCUUAUCUCCAUCCAGGGCAAAGUUCUUUUGAUUUGUUUGGAUCCUUUUGUGUUUACAGAUCCCCUUGGAGCUCAGUAGCAGUAGAGUACCUUGUAGAACCAUAGUAGUGGAAAAGGGUCCAGUUUUCUCUUAUUUCUAAAGAUGGAGUGGCUGCAAAAACUCCCUUUUCCUGCCCACAGCUUGCAGCCUACCCUGUGCCUAGGAGCGCUUAUUCCUCUUUCCAUAUUGGGCUUUGAUUUGUGCUGAGGGUCAGCUUUUGGCUCCUUCCUGAGACAGUGGAAACAAUGCCAGCACUGUGGCCUCUCCUCUGGGGACUGGGGGUGAAGCUUUGGGUGCCACAGCUUGUGGGUUGCUGGCUUAAAGGACAGUUCUGUUCUUUGGUCAGAGCCUAGGCUUUUAAAACCUACACAGUAUGACCGAAAGAGGAGAGGUGGGGGUGGAGGGGAAUUAGCCUGUCCAGAGAGGGAGAAAAAGAGGGUGAGUUGGUUCUUGGAACAGGUGCUUUGGGGAGAAAAUUUACAGCUUUUGAUGUAAGAUGAAGAUCCAGAAAAUUAUCAUUUAACAUAUUAAGGGUUAUUUCUUUUUCCUGUAUUUUUGGACAAACAAACCUCUUAAUUUCAUGUUUUCUAAUCCAAGUGCAUGUACCAUCUUUUUCUGAAACUGAAUUAAAAUACUCAUUUUA